AUGAACCCGAUCGAAUCAGACGGAAGCCGGCCGGCGAGACGACGCGUCGCGAAACGAAUGAGUGGUGGGAAGGGCUCGCGCGCGCAGCCGGCCGCGGGCUCGGGGUGGCCGGGGAGAGGGGGGAGGAGGGUGCUCCGGGCGGAGGGGGGCGAGGGGCGCGGGGGCGGCGAACAGGUGGCCGCCGCCGCGCCACCCCGCGUCCCACCGCGCCAACUUCGCUCGAUAUUGCACUACACAGGACCUGGAUUAACUUUAUUACUCCAUAGACGGUAUAAAAACCCGUGA